GGCAGUCUGGGGGAGCGGAGUGUGUUUGUGGACGGACGUAUCAAUACUUCCUGUUGUUGGACGCGAUAAUGGCGUAUUGCAGAAAAGAGAGAACAUGAGCGUGUAAACAUCUUAAUUUCUCUUUUAAUCUACAUUAAAACAGCAUUAUUUUAUCUCUAGUACUUCCAGGAGCUUACGGGUCAGUCUAAAGCCGUCUUCCUGUAACGUCAUGCCGAUGUCGGACCGUUCCAGCUCCGACGGCGGGGAGCCCCGGAGCCCUCGGGCCCGGAGACCGCGCACACGUUCCCGCAGCCGCAACCGCAGCUACAGCCACGAACGGAGCCUGUCUCCGGACAGCUUUGGGCCCAAACUUCCGAAGCCGCGGAACAAGGAGCGGGAACGUGAGGAACGGGAGCGCCGGUUCCGAGAGGCGAAAAACCUCAGACGGAUCCGCAUAGGAAGCCCCCGCCGGAGCCGAUCCAGGUCCCGGUCCCGGUCCCGGUCCAGGGAGCGUCACAACAACACCAACAGCAGCAGCAGCCACAGUCACAGUCACAACCACAACCACAACUCCUGGUCCGAGCAGCGGGACGCUCCUGGAAAACACGGAAGCUUCAAAGAUGAUUAUUACUACGAGCAGCAGAGAGACGAUGCUCAGAGACAGAGACAGGAGGCGUUUAUCUCCAGACGCCUGCAAGAGAGGGAGAGGAUCGGUGAGUUAGGCUGUCCUGAAGUCUGGGGAUAUUCACCAAGAGUCAAAGAGCCAGACUCUGAUGAAUUCACACCAGUGGAGGAAGACGAGAAGAACAGCAGCUCAGAUUCGAGCUCAGAAGAAGAGAAGAAGAAGAAAAAGAAAAAGAAGAAAUCCAAGAAGAAAAAGAACAAAAAGCACUCUGAGGACAGCGACCUGGAAUCAGAUUCAGAUGAAGAAGAAAUAAAGAAGAAGAAAAAGAAAAAGAAGAGCAAAAAGUCCAAGAAGUCCAAGAAGAAGAAGGCGAAGAAGAGUCGUAAAGAGUCCAGCAACUCCAGCAACAGUGAGGAGUCAGAGGAGGAGGAAGAGGAGGAUCCCAGCAGCGUGAUGUGGGUGGAGAAAACCUGCAUGGAUGAACACGUGGUCGGCCCCGAAGCUCCGCUCACCCACAUGUCCCAGGACGACAGACCUCUGGAUUUCGGUCAUGCCCUGCUGCCAGGUGAAGGUGCUGCGAUGGCGGAGUACGUGAAAGCCGGCAAACGUAUCCCCAGAAGAGGUGAAAUCGGUCUCACCAGCGACGAGAUCGCAAACUUUGAGAAGUCUGGCUACGUGAUGAGCGGCAGCAGACAUCGUCGUAUGGAGGCCGUGCGUCUGAGAAAGGAAAACCAGAUCUACAGUGCAGACGAAAAGAGAGCUCUGGCAUCCUUCAACCAGGAGGAGAGGAGGAAGAGAGAGAGCAAGAUCCUGUCGAGCUUCAGGGAGAUGGUGUACAGGAAAACCAAAGGCAAGGAGGAGAAAUGAACGUCACGUGUGUGUACUGGAUUCAGUCAGAUUUACCCUUUACUGGACAAAUUUACAUUUUGUCUUGUGACCUGAGGUGUUUAAUGUUUUAUUUUUUAGAGGAUAACGACGUUCUGUUUUCUAAAGCUAUGUAACCUUCAGAGGGAGGACGUUGACUGUAAAGAAAUGUGUGUAAAUGAGAGUCUGCAAAAUACUCUGCUGUAUUAUAUUCUCCAUCCUGUUUCCUUUUCAAAUGUUCAGUUAUAAUUCGCUCCUGUAAAUUUUUAAUUCUGAGUAGAACGGUAAAUAAAUUUUCAUUCCAAACUCG